UCGUGGAAUCAGCUGAGCCGGCUGUGCGGAUUGCGUGGGAUUGCGGAGUCAGCGGAGAUCGAUGUCGCGCUUAUCGUUCUUUAUUUAUUUCGUGUAAUUAGAACGAUGUAUAUUUAGUACAUGUGUGUGUUGAUAUUAUACGCAUCGAUAGUUCUUACGUACAAAAUUACAUCAUGCGAAAAAGUCGGGCAUUAAUUGACUUUUAUCUAGAUCUAUUUUUGCCAGUAGUGAGGUUAGGACGGCUGGUAUAACCUCGCACAAGUGGACCAUCUUUCGUAGAAAAUAAUAAAGAGUAAUAAAAUAAUGAAUGGACCUGUGUGAUUUCUCAUUAUUCAUAACUUUUAAUAUACCCAUUUAGUGAUUGUUAUAUUAAGUUUCGGAACUGAUAAUUUUUUAUAAAAUGCAUUGCAUACGCAAGAUUAUAAAUAUUACACAGUGGAAUCUGCAAGUAUUUAACAAAGUUAAUAGAGCACACAAGAGAUCAGGAAUAUUGCUACAAAAUAUUAUUUGUCGUUUGAAUCACGACUCUGAGGAAUAUCUAUCUGAAGAAGAUGAGAAGAAGCAAAACGAAUACGUCAAGAUUGCUAGUCGUUAUUUAGGCAUUGCAGUUGGUGGACACAGGACGUUUAUUUUACAACCGUAUAUAAAAUGGGGCAAAGAUAAGAAGAGAAACACUUCGCCAGAACUACAAAUGGCUGAAGCUGUAGCACUAAUAAAUACUCUACCUAAUUGGUGUGUAGUUGGAACAAAGUACGCUCCGUUACUUACACUACAGAGGAAGCAUCUGCUGGGUACCGGCGGGAUCGAGAAUCUAAAGAAGGACUUAAGACAAUGUCCAAACCCCACUGCCAUAUUUGUUAGCACUAAUCUGUUGAAAUUUGUCCAAAUCAGAGAAUUGGAAAAGAUCUUUGGCGUACCAGUGUACGAUCGUUACUCCAUAGUCAUUCACAUAUUUCGUGAACAUGCGAAGACUGCAGAGGCAAGGUUGCAGGUAGCCUUAGCAGAGAUACCAUAUAUUCGGAAAAAGAUAUUCGAAACGUGCGUUAGUCGCAGUGGCGCGAUAAACGUGACGGAGGAGACAAAACGGUUGCUCGACAGCAAAGAGAAAAAAUUGAGAAACGAAUUGAAGAAGCUGCAGCAGCAUCGACGAAUGAUCAGGAAUCAACGUAAGAAGCACGGUUUCCCCACGGUCGCUGUAGUCGGUUACACAAACGCAGGGAAAACUUCCUUAAUAAAAGCGCUCACGGAUGACAAUUCUCUACAACCUAGAAACAAAUUAUUCGCAACCCUUGACACUACCGCGCAUCAAGGCAUUUUACCCAACAGAUUAAAAAUUUUAUACAUGGAUACUAUCGGAUUUAUUCAAGAUGUGCCGGAAACUCUGAUUGAACCAUUCAUUGUGACUCUCGAGGAUGCCAUAAUCGCUGAUGUGAUAGUUCACAUAUACGAUGUCAGUCAUCCUGAUAUGAAGGCGCAAUAUGAGCACGUCCAGGAGACGAUAAAACCCAUGUUGGAUGCUCGUCCAAUAAUCGACGUUGCCAAUAAGUGCGAUCUUGUUCAAAGCGAGUGCAUACCCAAGGAUGCAAUUGCCGUCUCCGCUAAGGAUCUGACAGGAAUCGAUUUGUUGCGCUUGAAGAUACAGGAGGUCCUUUUAGCCACGACUGGAUUAUUAACCAUACGUGUGAGGGUAAAAGCAGGCAGUUCUGCGGCCAGCUGGUUGUAUAAAAUGACGACAGUGACAAACGCCGAAUCAGAUCCGAAUGACGUUCAAUAUUUAAUUAUGAAAGUGAUUGCCACUGCGGUCGACAUUCAAAAGUUCAAAAAAUUUUUAAAAGAAUAAAAAGUUUUA